CAGUUCUCAUCCAACAGGACACAUGGCUCUUUUAAAGAAAAUUAACCAGAUUUUACUGUUACUUCUUGUCUUAACUGUGUGUGCCAUUCUGUAUAACAAAGUUCACCAAGUGCCAUCUGCAUUAAAGAAUGAAACAGUUGAUUUGGAGAGUCCUGAGGAAAUGGAAGAAGAAAUCCCAGUUGUAAUCUGUGCUGCUGCGGGCAGAAUGGGUGGAGCUAUAGCAGCAAUCAGUAGCAUCUACAGCAACACAGAGGCCAAUGUUUUGUUCUACAUAGUUGGACUGAAGACUACCAUCCCGCAUAUUCGACAAUGGAUUGAAAAUUCUAAACUGAAAGAAAUAAAAUUUAAGGUUGUGGAAUUCAACCCUAUGGUACUAAAAGGAAAAAUCAGACAAGAUGCGUCACGUCCUGAGCUGCUGCAGCCGCUGAACUUCGUUCGAUUUUAUCUUCCUUUGCUUAUCCAGAAGCAUGAGAAAGUAAUAUAUUUGGAUGAUGAUAUCAUUGUUCAAGGUGACAUCCAGGAACUCUACGAUACCAAGUUAGCUCCUGGGCAUGCUGCGGCUUUUUCAGAUGAUUGUGAUCUGCCUUCUACACAUGAAAUGGUUAGAAGCGUAGGGAUGCAGAACACGUACAUGGGAUUCCUGGACUACAGAAGGCAAGCAAUUAGAGAUCUUGGCAUCAGCCCCAGCACCUGCUCCUUUAAUCCUGGAGUAAUUGUUGCUAACAUGACUGAAUGGAAACGUCAACGGAUUACAAAGCAGUUGGAAAAGUGGAUGCAAAGAAAUGUCGAGGAAAACCUCUACAGCAGCACCCUUGCGGGAGGCGUGGCAACCUCACCAAUGCUGAUUGUAUUUCACCGCAAGUAUUCCACUAUUAAUCCUAUGUGGCACAUAAGGCAUCUUGGUUGGAGUCCUGAUACCCGCUACUCAGAGCAUUUUCUUCAAGAAGCUAAAUUACUUCAUUGGAAUGGAAGAUACAAACCUUGGGCCUAUCCCAGUGUUCACACUGAUCUCUGGGAAACCUGGUUUAUUCCUGACCCAUCAGGGAAGUUCAAAUUAACUCGUCCCGAUAGCUGAUACUGAAACCACUUAAAUGCAUCCAUACACUAUGUUUUGUAGUAUGUAAUACUUUGAGAUGCAACAUAUUGUAUAAUUAACUGAUUUUAGAAAACUAAGUAUUUGUUAAAUAUAUGAAUAAACAACCAUCAGGUUUGUGUGCUUAUGGCUGGAGUGACAGUGACACAGUUCAGGUUAUCUUGACUUUCAUGUAAGGUGAGGAAGCAAGUUUACUUGACAAUUACAUGUUUUCAUUAAACGUUUACAGAGGUGAAAUUCUGUGCGAGACAGUGUGUUUUAAUGUAAGGUC